CUCUCUCCCUCUCUAUCUCUCUUUCUCUCUCGCUUGCGAUUUUACACCAGGAAAUCUCUCUCUCGUCUCGUUGAGGAAGCAAUGCCUGCGAUCAAUAAUACGAACGAAGAAGACGUUUCGAGCAACUUCGGAUGCAACAUCUGUCUUGAACUGGCAAGAGAACCGAUCGUGACUCUAUGUGGUCACUUGUUCUGUUGGCCUUGUCUCUACAAGUGGCUCAAUUUCCAUUCCCAUUCGAAUCAUUGUCCUGUUUGUAAAGCUCUGGUCAAGGAAGACAGUUUGGUUCCUCUGUAUGGAACGGGUAAGCCAUCUUCUGACCCGAGAUCCAAGCCCAUUAGUCAUGGUGCUACAAUCCCCAGUCGACCACCCGCACCUAGGCUUGAAACAGCUCGUCCUCGUAUUGGACAAAGACAUCAUGGAUCUAGUUUCUUUCGAGGGUAUUCAGGUUUUGCUUCAAUUCCAAGUACUACACGGUUUGGGAACUUCUUAUUGUAAUGGAAGUAUCCUGAUGAAAUA